AUGAGUGAUGAACGACUUGUGAUAACAUCAACAUCCUCGAAUAAACGUUCAUUAACAGAACAUUUUGUUGAUUAUGUUAAAAAAACUAAAUGUCUUGCACCAUAUGGAAAUAUAUCACCAUCGAAAAAAAUUAUUUUACCAAAAGAAUCAACUCAAUCUUCAGCUAAACGAGUGAUACGAGCCAGACAAUUGUCAUUUGUACAUCCGGAUAAUCAUUUAUUAAAUACAUUCGUUAAAGUGAAAUUUUUUCAAUUUGAACAAUGUUCAAAAGUUAUUUAUGGUACUAAUUCACCUGUAUAUGAUGAAAAAUUUUCUAUACCAUUUAAUAAUAACAAUUUAUCAACACCAUCGAAACGCUUGACAAUCUCUGUUUAUAAUCAAUCGGACACAAACAAUAAAAUUGACUUAAUCGGAUGUAUGUCAUUUAAUAUGAAGACUUUUCUGAAAACAACUAAUUGUACUAAGACUUCAUCAAAAUAUAAAUGGUAUUGUCUAUUACCGGAAUCAAUUGGCCGACAUAAACGAAUGGCAUUAAAUGUUGAAAUAUCCUCAUCUCAUAAUAAAAAAUCUACAAAACCACGACGACCACAUUCAUCUAUAGGAAAUCAUACGAAUGGAAUUUUAUUAAAUGUUGAUGUGUUUGAUCGUGAUGAUAUACAUUUUGCUUCUGGAUGUCCUUGUACAGUUAGUGAAGUAAAAUCUGGUGUUGGUUCAUCAUGUAGUCGACCAAUACCUGGUGAUAUUCUUCUUCAAGUUAAUGAUAUUAAUGUUGCACGUACACAAGCUAAAGCUGUUCAUAAAUUAAUGAGAAAUUUACCAUUACCAAUAACUGUUCAAUUAUACCGUCGUUCUAUUUCAUCAACAUCAAAUAAAAUUGAUAAAAUUGUUUUGAAUUCAAUUGAUCAACAUCAACCAUUAAAUUCAAAUAUAUUUUCAAAAAAAUCUGAUCAUAGUUAUUCAUUUAGUGAUACAUAUGCUGAUCGAGCUUUUUGUUCAUCUGAUAAACCAUAUAAUAAUUAUGAUGAAAUAACAAGUUGUCUUUUACCUGAAACAAUUGUUCUUAAUAAUAAUAAUAAUAAACAAGAACAACAAUCAUUACUUAUGUCACCAAUUUAUCGAAAAAUAUCUGAACGAAGUGAUGGAAGUGAAUCAGGUGUUGGUUCUGAAAGUAAUCCAUAUUCCGAUGGUGAACAUCGAUUGGAAAUUAUUUCUGAAACAUAUGAACGUGAAGCAUUACAUUUAAUUGAAAUUGAAAAAGAAUUUAUUUGUCAACUCGAACUUGGUGUACAAUUAUAUUCUCGUCCAUUAAAACAUUAUUUAAUAUCAUCAAAUGAACAUGCAAAAUUAUUUCAAAAUAUUGAAAAAAUCUUAGCAAUAUCUCGUUAUCAAUUAAAUCGUUUACAAUCAUUAUCUGAACGAACAAUAAUUAGUCAUAUUGGUCGAAUAUUUCAUGAAAAAGUUCAAUUAAUAUGUGAAGCAUUUACACGUUAUAUAUCUGGUUAUUCCGAUGCUUGUUCACAAUUAAAACAAUUAACUAAAUGUGCUAGUUUUCAAAGAUUUAUUCAUGGAAAUAAUUCAAAUCUUUCAAUUGAACAGUUUUUACAAAUUCCUCUUAAUCAUAUUGAUAAUCUUGCAAAUCAAUUGGAUACUUUAUGUUGUACGUGUGAAAAUGCAAACGAUGCAAAUUAUCUUUUACAUGUUCUUAAAGAAUUACGUCAAUGUUCAUUAUAUCAUGAAUCAUCUACAAGUCAACAUCAUUGUACAACAACAAUGACAUUGAACAGUGCGAGUGGAAUAACAUCAUCAUUAAUGAAUCAAUCAGAAGAUGAGCAAAUUAUUGAUUUACAAAAUCGUCUUCAAUUUAAAAAAAAUAUUCAAUCUGUAACUCUUACUGGUCGAAAUCGACAUGUGAUUUUUUCGGGUGUACUUUUGUUACAAAAUGAAAAUAAAAGUUAUAUUGAGACAUGGGCUAUACUUUUAAAUGAUAUGCUUUUAUUUACACAGCGUAAUGCAAUUGAUACACGUUUAACACUUGUUUGUGAUGCAAUUCCGUUGACUGAGAUUGUCGAUUUUCGAUCUAGUAAUGAACGUGAAGAUGCUUUGAUAUUUGUAUCGAAUAAACCGAAUAUUCCAUAUAAAAUCCGUUAUCCAAGUAAAUGUUUACAAUGUGCAUGGCAGACAAUACUUGAGCAGCGUCUUAAAACUUGGCAACGAUCAAUACAUGAUGAAUCAUCAUCGGCCGAUUCCGAUCUUGAAUAA